AUGAAGGUCAUCCUUGCCAUCAACGCGGGGUCCAGCUCUGUCAAGAUCUCAGUGUACUCCGCUGAGCCCAGCCAGUCACCCCACGAGAUCGCAGAGGCAGCCGUCAGUGGGCUGACAGCCCCACCUGCUCAAGUCUCUUACACGCGCGGCGACAUCCAGCUCAAGAAGAACGAAGAACUUCAAGACGAAGUGGCCACCCAGGACGAUGCUUUCAGGAUCCUUCUCAAGACGCUCAUCGACGACCCCGAGCUGCCAGCGAUCAAGGCAAAACAAGACAUCACUUUGACCUGCCACCGCAUCGUUCACGGCGGCGACUACCCUUGCUCCCAACUUAUCACACAGGACACGUAUCACCACCUCGAGGAACUCAGCGAUCUUGCUCCCCUGCAUAAUGGACCUGCCCUCAAGAUCGUCAAGUCCUGCGUCGAGCAGCUACCGGACGCCGUCAAUGUUGCGUGCUUCGAUACCCAGUUUCACUCGACCAUUCCCGAACAUGUGCGGACCUACCCCAUCAACCAGGAGAUUGCGAAGAAGAACCAUUUGAGGAAGUUCGGCUUCCAUGGCAUCAGUUACUCCUUCAUCACCCGAUCCGUCUCGGAGCAUCUCGGCAAAGACCGCGAAAACCUCAACAUCAUUGCCCUUCACUUGGGAAGCGGUGCAAGCGCGUGUGCAAUUCGCAAGGGCCAGAGCUGGGACACCAGCAUGGGACUGACCCCCGUUGCGGGUCUGCCAGGAGCCACCAGGAGUGGCAGCGUGGAUCCUAGUCUUGUCUUCCACUAUGCGAGUGACGUAGGCAAACUGUCGCCAAACUCAACGUCAGAACUACACCUCACCGAGGCCGAGGAGAUUCUCAAUAAGCAGGCAGGGUGGAAGUCUCUGACAGGAACCACCAACUUUGGCGUUAUAGCCACUUCGGACGAGCCGACACACAAGCUGGCGUUUGAUAUUUUCAUCGACAGAAUAUGCGGCUUCAUCGGCUCCUAUUUCGUCACUCUCGGCGGCCAGGUAGAUGCUCUCGUCUUCGCUGGCGGUAUCGGCGAGAAGAGUGACAAGCUGCGGAGGCGCGUCAUCGAGCAGUGCGCCUGCUUGGGCUUCACCAUCGACGAGGAGCUGAACGGCAACGAGAUUAAGUACACAGUGCAGGACGUCGGUAAGCGGGAGGCAAAGUGUCGCACUCUGGUGUGCAAGACCGACGAACAGUUUGAGAUGGCAAGACUAUGCACUGAGAAGAAGGAGCUCUGGUCCUAG